UCAUUCAAGACGUUCACGCGUCAGCAACAGCUGCCCUGGAGCUCGCGCUGGCCUCGGGGUAGAGAGACAGACUUCAGCUGGAAGACUAAAGACCAAAGACUGAAGGUUUUGUGGAAAUAUUUACCUCACUGUGAAAGGAGUUUAGUGUAGAGAUUCCCCGUUGAGGUGGUAUCUCUUCGCGAUGCCAAGAUGGCACGCCUGCUCCCUCCCACAGGCACCAGUGUGUUCCGCCGGUUCACCCCAGAGUCACUGGCGGAGAUCGAGAGGCUCAUCCAGGAGAGGAGCACCAGGGAGGAACUAGAGGGAGCCGAGGAGGAACCACAGGCACCGAGCAGCGAUCUAGAGGCAGGAAAAUGUCUGCCCAUGAUCUAUGGCGAUCCCCCGGAGGAUCUCCUCAACACCCCUCUAGAAGACAUCGACCCCUUUUAUAAAACACAGAAAACUUUUAUUGUCAUAAGCAAGGGAAACACAAUCUUCAGGUUCUCUUCUGAACCGGCGAUGUUUUGCAUCAGUCCAUUUAGUAUUGUCAGAAGAGGAGCCAUCAGAAUUCUUAUACAUUCGUUAUUUAGCAUGUUCAUCAUGAUCACCAUCCUGUCCAACUGCGUGUUCAUGACGAUGAGUAACCCUCCAGCCUGGAGUAAAACUGUCGAGUAUGUUUUUACUGGUAUAUAUACCUUUGAAGCAACAGUCAAAGUUUUAUCUCGAGGUUUCUGCAUUGGACCUUUUACAUUCCUCCGUGAUCCAUGGAACUGGCUUGAUUUCAUGGUGAUCAGCAUGGCGUACAUCACAGAGUUUGUAGACCUUGGUAAUGUGUCAGCACUAAGGACAUUUCGUGUGCUUCGAGCUCUUAAAACAAUCACAGUUAUUCCUGGUUUGAAAACCAUUGUCGGGGCUUUGAUUCAAUCUGUCAAGAAGAUGGUAGACGUCAUGAUUUUGACCAUCUUUGCACUGGCUGUUUUUGCCCUCAUUGGACUGCAGUUGUUCAUGGGAAAUCUGCGCCACAAGUGCAUCCGUUGGCCUAUUCUCAACAGCACCACCUUUGACGUCUACAACUCCAACAUGGUCAAUGACACCACCCUCAACGUUACUGAUACUUUCGAUUUCAAAGCUUACAUAAACAAUGAAGAAAACCAAUACUUUCUGGAAGGAAGUUUAGAUGCUUUACUAUGUGGCAACAGCUCUGAUGCUGGGAGGUGCCCAGAAGGAUACACGUGUAUGAAAGCUGGGCGAAACCCAAACUAUGGCUAUACAAGUUAUGACAACUUUGGAUGGGCCUUUCUCGCUCUCUUCAGACUCAUGACCCAGGACUUUUGGGAGAAUCUCUUCCAGCUGACCCUUCGUGCUGCUGGGAAGACCUACAUGAUCUUCUUCGUGGUGGUCAUCUUCCUGGGUUCUUUCUACCUCAUCAAUCUGAUCCUGGCUGUGGUUGCGAUGGCAUACGAUGAGCAGAACGAGGCCACAUUGACUGAGGCUCGUGAGAAAGAAGAGGAGUUUCAAAGAUUACUUGAGCAGCUCAAGAACCAAGAGACAGGCAGUAAAGCAUCUUUGGCCAGCCAGAAAACACUAAGUCAAGGGUCAAACCGGACAGGUUCCCUGCACGAUCUUGCUGAUGAAGAUGUCAUAAAGGACUGUAAUGGCCGAAUAGUACCUCACCUUGUUGUCAACAGAGUUUCCUCUAACAAAGAGUUAUCAACUGAAGAAGACCAGAUGUCUCUGAGUUCCAAACACAGCAUGCAGUACUUGGACCAGCCCAAUCUCUCCAAGAGAACGGCUAGUGCUCUCAGUGUACUCACUGCAACUAUGGAGGGGUUGGAGGAUGCCCAGAGGCCUUGUCCCCCUGGCUGGUAUAAGUUUGCAGAUAUGUUCCUUAAAUGGGACUGCUGCGCUCCCUGGAUCAUCUUUAAGAAGUGGGUUCAUUUUGUAGUAAUGGACCCAUUCGUUGAUCUGGGUAUCACCAUCUGCAUUGUGCUCAACACACUGUUCAUGGCCAUGGAGCACUACCCUAUGAGUCCACAUUUUGAACAUGUCCUGUCAGUGGGCAACUUGGUAUUCACAGGAAUCUUCACAGCUGAAAUGGUGUUCAAGCUUAUUGCUAUGGACCCCUACUACUACUUCCAGGUGGGCUGGAACAUUUUUGACAGCAUCAUUGUCACACUCAGCCUGGUGGAGUUGGGACUGGCCAACGUUCAGGGAUUGUCCGUUCUCAGGUCCUUUCGUUUGCUACGUGUCUUCAAACUGGCUAAAUCUUGGCCCACCCUUAACAUGCUGAUCAAGAUCAUCGGCAACUCAGUGGGUGCUCUAGGGAACCUAACACUUGUUCUGGCCAUCAUUGUCUUCAUCUUCGCCGUGGUGGGCAUGCAGCUUUUUGGAAAAAGCUACAAGGACUGCGUUUGUAAGAUCUCAGAGGACUGCGAGCUACCCCGCUGGCACAUGAACGACUUCUUCCACUCGUUCCUCAUCGUCUUUCGGAUCUUAUGUGGAGAGUGGAUUGAGACGAUGUGGGACUGCAUGGAGGUGGCAGGAGCUAGCAUGUGUUUGAUAGUCUUCAUGAUGGUCAUGGUCAUCGGAAACCUUGUGGUGCUAAAUCUGUUUCUGGCCUUGCUGCUCAGCUCCUUCAGUGGAGAUAACCUGUCUGGAGGUGAUGAUGAUGGAGAGAUGAACAACCUUCAGAUCGCCAUCGGCCGCAUCACCAGGGGUAUCAAUUGGGUCAAAGCCUUAGUUGCCAGUAUGGUGCAACGGAUUCUGGGAAAGAAACCUCCGGAUAAUACCAAAGAGGAAGGGGAGGGAGACAUAGAGCUGUAUGCUUUAAAUCACCUUGAUGAGGGAAAAAUGGUCGAUGGUUUGACCAACUGUUUGUCUCCAACACUGACUGUACCUAUUGCCCGUUGUGAGUCCGAUGUGGAGGAGGAUGAGGACUCUGAUGAAUCUUCUGAUGAGGAAGACGCAAAGGCCACUCUUAAUGAUGGUGACUCUUCGGUUUGUAGCACAGUGGACUACCAGCCUCCAGAACCUGAGCCUGAACCUGAAGAGGUAGAAGAAGAGGAACCAGAACCCGAAGAACCAGAGGCCUGUUUUACAGAGGGUUGUAUUAGGCGAUGUGCAUGUUUGACUGUUGACAUCACUGAAGGAUGGGGGAAAAAGUGGUGGAACCUCCGAAGGACAUGCUUCACCAUUGUUGAGCAUGACUACUUUGAGACCUUCAUCAUCUUUAUGAUCCUCCUAAGCAGUGGAGCACUGGCUUUUGAGGAUAUCAACAUUGAGCGGCGCAGAGUGAUCAAGAUCAUCCUGGAGUAUGCUGAUAAGGUCUUUACGUAUAUUUUCAUAGUGGAGAUGUUACUGAAGUGGGUGGCAUAUGGCUUCAAGACCUACUUCACUAACGCAUGGUGUUGGCUGGACUUCCUCAUCGUGGAUGUGUCACUGGUCAGUUUAACGGCCAAUUUAUUGGGCUACUCCGAGCUGGGGGCAAUCAAAUCUCUCAGGACACUUAGAGCUCUCCGACCCCUUCGAGCCCUGUCCAGAUUUGAAGGAAUGAGGGUGGUAGUGAAUGCACUUGUAGGAGCCAUUCCCUCUAUUUUUAACGUGCUCCUGGUGUGUCUGAUAUUCUGGCUGAUAUUCAGCAUCAUGGGGGUCAAUCUGUUUGCUGGAAAGUUCUACCACUGCAUCAACACCACCACAGAGGAACGGAUCCCCAUGGAUGUGGUCAACAACAAAAGUGACUGCAUGGCACUGAUGCACACCGAUGAGGGGCGAUGGGUCAAUGUCAAGGUCAACUAUGACAACGUGGGACUCGGCUACCUCUCUCUGCUGCAGAUUGCCACAUUCAAAGGCUGGAUGGAUAUCAUGUAUGCAGCAGUGGAUUCUAGAGAGGUGGACGAGCAGCCAUCAUAUGAAAUCAACCUUUACAUGUAUCUUUAUUUUGUUAUUUUCAUCAUUUUUGGCUCCUUUUUUACCCUCAACCUCUUCAUUGGUGUCAUCAUUGACAACUUCAAUCAGCAAAAAUCAAAGUUUGGAGGGAAAGACAUUUUUAUGACUGAGGAACAGAAAAAGUAUUACAAUGCCAUGAAGAAGCUGGGUGCAAAGAAACGUCCAAAACCUAUACCUCGACCAUCAAAUGUGAUCCAGGGUUUGGUGUUUGACUUCAUAUCAAAACAGUUCUUUGAUAUUUUUAUCAUGGUGCUAAUCUGCCUCAACAUGGUGACCAUGAUGAUAGAGACGGAUGACCAGAGUGCUGAGAAAGAAGAUGUCCUUUACCAGAUCAAUCUAGUCUUCAUCAUCGUCUUCUCAAGCGAAUGUGUACUUAAAUUGUUUGCACUCAGACAGUACUUUUUCACUAUUGGCUGGAAUGUCUUUGAUUUUGUUGUGGUCAUCCUUUCAAUAGCAGGUCUAAUGUUAUCAGACAUCAUUGAGAAGUACUUUGUGUCUCCUACCUUGUUUCGUGUCAUCCGGCUUGCAAGAAUCGGCCGUGUGCUGCGGCUCAUCAGAGGGGCGAAGGGCAUUCGGACUCUUUUGUUUGCCUUGAUGAUGUCACUUCCUGCCCUUUUCAACAUCGGUCUGCUCCUGUUCCUGAUCAUGUUCAUUUUCUCCAUCUUUGGCAUGUCUAACUUUGCCUAUGUGAAAAAGCAGGCAGGCAUCGAUGACAUCUUCAACUUUGAAACAUUUGGUGGCAGCAUUAUCUGCCUGUUUGAGAUCACGACCUCAGCAGGCUGGGAUGGCCUUCUGCUGCCUAUACUCAACAGCGGCCCACCGGAUUGCGACCCUGACUUUGAAAACCCCGGUACAGAUGUGCGGGGAAACUGCGGGAAUCCUGGCAUGGGCAUCAUGUUUUUCUGCAGUUACAUCAUCAUGUCAUUCCUGGUGGUCGUGAACAUGUACAUCGCCAUCAUUCUUGAGAACUUCAACAAUGCUCAAGAGGAGAGUGGAGACCCGCUCUGUGAGGAUGAUUUCGAUAUGUUUGAUGAAACAUGGGAAAAGUUUGACGUCGAUGCUACGCAGUUCAUUGAAUACAACCGCUUGUUUGACUUUGUCGAUGCCCUGCAGGAGCCUCUACGAAUUGCCAAACCCAACCGCCUCAAGCUAAUCUCCAUGGACCUGCCCAUUGUAAGCGGCGACAAAAUCCACUCUCAGGAUAUACUUUUAGCAGUGACCCGUGAAGUACUUGGUGACACUAUUGAGAUGGAUGCCAUGAAGGAGAGCAUCGAGGCCAAGUUCAUCAUGAACAACCCCACAUCUGCCUCAUUUGAGCCAAUCGUCACCACUCUCAGGAGGAAGGAGGAAGAGCGAGCAGCCAUUGCGGUUCAAAGAAUAUACCGUAGGCAUCUGCUCAAGCGUGCCAUCCGCUAUGCCUGCUUCAUGCGUCGUUCAAAGAGGAAAGUUAGGAAUCCCAACGACAAUGAACCUCCUGAAACCGAAGGGUUAAUUGCAAGGAAGAUGAAUACCCUGUAUGGCAGCAAUCCAGAACUCGCCAUGGCUCUUGAAUUGGAAGCUAGGCCAAUGCGGCCAAAUUCACAAUCUCCUAAGCCAACCCAGGUCACACAGACCAGAGCAUCAGUGACCUUCCCUCGGCCGCAAGGACAGCUCAUCCUCCCAGUGGAGCUCACCAGUGAGUUGAUCCUCCGGUCUGCACCCACUACACACAGCCUCAGCUGUUCAGAAAAUGAAACAACAAUAAAGGAGUCAAUAGUAUAACUAGCGGACAAUCCCUGUGGACUAAAAGACAAUCCUUGUGGUGUUAAAUGGAGCGUCAUCUGAACAACGGAAGCUCAGAACGGAUAUCUUAAAGGAUUACACAGAACUGCUUCAGUGUGGCAGCAUUGAAAGGCUAUUUCACUUGGGAGAACUGUUUUAUUCUUUGUUUUCAAUUUUUUAUUCAAUAUAUUUCUUAUUUGUUCCCAAUUAUAAAUGUCCCAGUAUAUUGGUUACUAAUUAGCUGUGUUCUUUUGCCCUUUUAUACAUGUGGAUGUUUGCGGUUGCACACUUUUAAAAUGACAUUUAAAUGAUUUUUUUCUGUCUCGAAUGCCACCAAGUGGAAAACAUCUGUUUUUUCAUGUCAUUUCAUCUCACACACAUACAAGUUUGGUAGAAAUAUCCCAUUCCAGUUAAAGCAUUUAAGAAAAAGGGAUUUUGGCAUGCUGAUGUCGUCGGAAGUCUAACGUUUUUUCUUUUCUUUUUUUACUGACAUUCUAUAUCCAGAUACUCGUUCUGCAUUGGUAUGGUUUCUGAACAAGCAUAAAGAAAAAUCUGUAACAUCUGCAUGUUUGUACUAGUAUUAUACUUGUAAGUUUUGAGACUGAAUAUGGCAGAAGAUUUUUCAAUCCAGGCUCAUUUUUAAAACAUACCGCUUGAUUCAUUUCUGGAAAGCGCCAAAUCCAUCCCAGGAGGUAAUUUUUUUUUUUUGCAGUUUUAGUUUUUGCGAAUCCACCAGAGGCUACUGUGUAAGCUUUUUCAGAUCUCAAAUUGCCCUCGCAAGGAGUAGGGUCUGUCUGCGGACUGCAAGACAGGAGUGUAACAUGAAGGUGCCUUAGGGAAGUAACUUAUAGUAUGUAGUACUUAUAGUACGCGUAACUUGAAGUUAUGGAGCCAUGUUAAAACUACUGUAUGUUGUCGGCAAGAUGGCGCUGUACAUCAGUUAUUAACAUAUACGCCUUCCCUAAACCUAAUCCCAACCAUAACAGUUAUUAAUGUCUACACCUUCCCUAAACCUAAACCCAACCAUCACAGUUAUUAACAUCUACACCUUCCCUAAAACUAAACCCAACCAUCUCAGUUAUUAACGUCUACACCUUCCCUAAACCUAAACCCAAUCAUCUGUUAUUAACUUCUACACCUUCCCUAAACCUAAACCCAACUGUCACAGUUAUUAAGGUCUACACCUUCCCUAAACCUAAACCCAACCAUCACAGUUAUUAACGUCUACACCUUCCCUAAACCUAAACCCAGUCAUCACAGUUAUUAACAUCUACACUUUCCCUAAACCUAAACCCAACCAUCUCAGUUAAUAACGUCUACACCUUCCCUAAACCUAAACCCAACUGUCACAGUUAUUAAGGUCUACACCUUCCCUAAACCUAAACCCAACCAUCACAGUUAUUAACGUCUACACCUUCCCUAAACCUAAACCCAGUCAUCACAGUUAUUAACGUCUACACUUUCCCUAAACCUAAACCCAGUCAUCACAGUUAUUAACGUCUACACUUUCCCUAAACCUAAACCCAACCAUCACAGUUAUUAACGUCUACACCUUCCCUAAACCUAAACCCAGUCAUCACAGUUAUUAACGUCUACACUUUCCCUAAACCUAAACCCAACCAUCACAGUUAUUAACGUCUACACCUUCCCUAAACCCAGUCAUCACAGUUAUUAACGUCUACACUUUCCCUAAACCUAAACCCAACCAUCACAGUUAUUAACGUCUACACUUUCCCUAAACCUAAACCCAACCAUCACAGUUAUUAACGUCUACACCUUCCCUAAACCUAAACCCAGUCAUCACAGUUAUUAACGUCUACACCUUCCCUAAACCUAAACCCAACCAUCACAGUUAUUAACGUCUACACCUUCCCUAAACCUAAACCCAGUCAUCACAGUUAUUAACGUCUACACCUUCCCUAAACCUAAACCCAACCAUCUCAGUUAAUAACGUCUACACCUUCCCUAAACCUAAACCCAAUCAUCACAGUUAUUAACAUCCACACCUUCCCUAAACCUAAACCCAACCAUCUCAGUUAUUAACGUCUACACCUUCCCCAAACCUAGACCUAACCAUCAUAGUUAUUAAUGUACAGACGUGAGUUGCGGAGGCUUUCAUACUUGACACGCUCGCCAUUGUACUGUGAUUUACAACCACAGGGGCCGACGCCGAGUAGGCUAACUGUCUUGACAAAACAGAUGAAGAAAUCAGCGAGUGGAGUUGCAUGAGUUGCUAAAUGAAGGAAUAUAAUAAUAUACCAUAUGCCUUGGUUGUGCAUAAAUUUGGAGAAAACUCAUGAAAACAUUUGGUGAAAAUGUUGUCUGGUAAGUAUUUCCGCCAUCUUGCCAGCAACAUCUAAUUGGUUUCAUUUGAUCUCGAUAACUGCAAGUUACAUCUCUAACUUACUACAAGUUUUGCCCCUUCAUCUUACACCCUCUUCUUGAAGUCCGCAGACAGAUACACUUGCUUACGAGUGCCAAUCGCGCCUGCUGUUCUCACGUAAAUCCACCAGAGGGCGCUGUCGACUGACUGACUGACUGAAUCAGGGCUGAACUACUGACUAACCGAUUGACUGAUCCACCUUUCUGGAACCGUUCUUUGCCGGACUGGAACCCUGUCAGCGUGGUCAGCUCCUCUCUGCAUCUCAAGUCUGCCGACAUACACGUCGAGCUACUGAACAAACUUGUAACAGCGGUAAAGCCAUCCAUACGGAGCUAAGCGGUCUGCUGGUAAGCGUUAAAAUGAACACCGUCAUACCGCUCCGUAGCGUUCAUUUUAAAGACAAAAUACAGCCCUACUGUAUGUACUUCUGGCUACAUAAUUCACGAUCUCCAGAAAUGUAUAUAGGGCUACAUUUUCAGAAUGAGCCUAUGUUGAGAUUUUUAAUGGCAUAAAGAAAAGCCCUUUAAGAAUGAAUUUUUCUUCCCUAAAAGUGUUCACAUUUUACAGGUUUGUCUCUAGUCUUUAAUCUAGUUCAUAAUCUAGUCUUAAAUCAUUUUUGUGUCCUUGUUUACUUGUACAUUGUAUAAAUGUUUAUAGCUCACUAAAACUUUUACAGUUUUGUUGAUCAAAAUAUUUAUUUCACAGUUUUAAUCUAGAUUCAUCAUCAGUGUUUGUGGUUACAGGAAGAGCCUUUAACUUUCAAAUAAAUGAAUGGAUCAUUUUUGUAGGAAAAUUAGUUGUUUAGGAAUAAAGUUAGUUUAAAUGUUCUUCACAUUAUGAAAAAAAAUGCUAUUCAGUGCCAAUGAAAAAUAAAAAGAGGUUUUUAUUUUUAAAAGGUAUAGCAUUUAAAUUUACUCAUUCGUUUACUCCUCCUCAAGUAGAUCAAAGUGGAGUUUAAAUAAAUGAUGACUUGGGUCAGCUAUACCUUUAACUAAUAUAUAAUAGAUCCUGAUCUCAAUAACUAUUAACAACAAGUACCACUAUCACACUACCAGCAGCCUGUUUAUAAUGAUUCAUAAUCUUAGAUCAUGGAUUACCAGUUUUCAGCUGAAUUGUGGAAUGGGUAGACCAGAAAACAAUCCUUUACAGAAGUCACUUUGAGCAGAAUGUGCUACUCUAAAAGACACAAACAGUCUUAAAAUUAUGUAAAAAACAAUAACUUGAAGCAUUAAAAGCACAGUUUAUAGCACUUCCUGGUAGUCAAAACCACAUUUUACUUGUAAUCAUUUAAAUAGUAUGAAAAUAUCUAUCACGCCUGUAAAUGUUUGGUUAUUAAGUGCUUUAUUAGUUACAAUAACCUAGUUUUAAAUGGACAGAAUUCAAUAUACAUCAUCCUUUUAACUGUAUUGAACAGAAGCACUAAUAUUUGAUUAAUGAGCAUUAAUGAGUUAUAACAGGUUCUCUUUCUCUGCACAGGUGUUACUCAGACUUGCUGUUUAAGUGAUACUCUUCUCUAUACAAAAUGAGUCUAAAAGAGCCACCGAACAUGUGCUUACCUAAUAUAUCAGUAAGUGAAAUUCAUAUUUUUUACUCAAGAUAUGUUCACACCUUCCUUUAAAUUCCUUUAAUCAAAUAUCUUUCUUUUUUUUCAAUUUAAAUGUCAUUUUGUAAACAUCAAGGCAAUAAUCCCCCAUGCACAUUCACCGCUUUAGUAUCAAAAGAUGUAUGUAUUAGAGACAACAAACAAUAGAUUUCCUCUGAAGUCUUAAUAUGACUGAAAAUGUCUUAUUUCGUUAAUGAAGCACUUUUUUGAAAUGGUUUAUGUAUUUACCUCUUGUAUAGUUUUUAGAUUUGAUCUGUCAUUACCAAACAGCAUUAACACUAAUGUUAAAUCUCACAUGUUCAUUUGCUGUACGUUCAAAUCAGAAUGAAGUUUAAUGAGAAAAAAAUCUCGCUUAUACGUGAUCUGUGUGCAGUUUUGUGCACUUUUUGGUUUCAUAUUGAUGUUGUUAUGAAUAUGCUGACAUUUUCUAUUGUUUACAUUUUUAUCAAGGAAGGAGACAUUGCCGUGCCGUAGGUUUUACUCGCCUCUAUUUGCCUGUAUAUACAUUUUGCAGAUAGAAGCAUAUUUCUCUGAUGCUGUCUUUUCUUUGUAUCAUCACGUAAGUACGUGUGCAUUUAAAAUGUUCAUGGAAUAAAUUUAAUAAGAUA